UCCGCCAUCUUUUAUUGUCACUUCCUCUUUGGAGAGCACGAGCGAGGGUGGAAAGAAGUUCAACAUCGUAAAUUGCGAUGAUUUUACUCGAAAUAAGCAAUAGGAUAGUCGAAGAGACUUUGGCAACAAAAUUCAGAAAUGUUUUAGAAGGAGGGAAGCCUGAUGGUGUGGACAUAACAGUUGCAGACUUCGAUGGCGUGCUGUACCACAUAUCAAACCCUGAUGGAGACAAGGGGAAAAUCAUGAUCAGCAUCUCCCUCAAAUUCUACAAGGAUUUACAGGAACAUGGAGCUGACACAUUGAUCAAGAGAGUAUAUGGAUCGUACCUCACCACAGCCGAAGCAGGCUACAACGUGUCAAUUGUGUUUGACCUUGACAACAUUCCGUCAGAUCAUGAAGAACAGGUGAAGAAGGCAGCACUCCUCAAGCGCAACUGCUUUGCGUCGGUGUUUGAGAAAUACUUUGACUUCCAGGAGCAGGGGGAAGAGAGCAAGAAGCGAGCUGUCAUCCAGUACAGGGAGGAUGAAACAAUGUAUGUAGAAGCUAAAAAAGAUAGAACAACCGUAAUUUUCAGUACAAUCUUCAAAGAUGACGACGACAUUGUGAUAGGGAAAGUGUUUAUGCAGGAAUUCAAGGAAGGUCGUAGAAAAUACCAGCAGGCGCCUCAGGUGUUGUUCAGCCACAAGGAACCGCCCCAGGAACUCGAGAACACUGACGCUAGAACUGGUGAUAAUAUAGGAUACAUCACUUUCGUUCUGUUCCCUCGCCACACCAACAAGAAAGCUCGGGAUAAUACCAUCAACCUAAUUCACACACUUAGGGAUUACCUGCAUUAUCAUAUCAAGUGCUCUAAGGCAUACAUCCACCAGAGGAUGCGAGCCAAGACGACAGACUUCCUGAAGGUAUUGAACAGAGCCCGGCCUGAGAACAAGGACAAGGAAAAGAGGACAAUAACGGGUAGAACCUUCAAGGCCAAUUAAGGAAGAUUUUGUUUAAGCCAUUUUUCCAAUCAUAGUGAUAAUAAUAUACACAUCAUUGUAUGAUUGAGGUUCCGCAUAGGUUGGACAUGAAAAGUGCUCUGUUACCAUAGUUACUACUGAGCUUCCAUCCUGUAGCUCAACGCCCUCUUCGGAUUAUUAUACUUUGCUUUUGGGAGGGCAAUUUACAAACCAGUUUGCUGAUAUUUCAUUCUUGGCAACUGACAUUUAAUUUUCUGUUAAGAUUUUCUCACUAAAAGUAUUUACGAUAUAUACAUUUUUAUUAGAAGUUAAAGGACACUGACAUUUUAAUAUGACUCUAGUUAAUCUCUCAGGCCAUGACAGAUUACUAUGGUGAUAUGAAAGAAUUGGGUGUUUAACUUUCGUAGUUUAUACUUGAAUAAAUUGGAAGUGAGAGUGUGUUUUGAUAUUUAAAAUAAUCAUGUAUAAUCUAUGGACACAGGCAGGGGAUUUCUGUGUUGAAGGUUGGCUCACCGGUUCAUGCACUCAACUGCCAUUCCAAAAAAUCAGGUUUGAAUCCCCAUAUUGGUACUGGUGAAGAUACCUUUUGUGUACCCUACUGUUGUAUAAUGGGUGUCACUUACAUAGACAAAGAACCCAACUCAGACAAUCGGGUACUCAGCCUUCAAAGUUCAUGCUAUUCCACUAGCCCAAGAUUACUACGUUGUGCGAGGACAAAUAAUAAACCAGUGAUGGUUGUCUUUAUUGACCAGCCGCAUUUGAGGGCUAUCAUUCUGAAGCAGUUUUCAAUACUUCAGUUUUGCUGUAAAUUGAACAGAAUAAAUCUGACAGACAAUGUAAGCAUAGUCAAUACUUCUGUCUUCAAACAAGACUAGGGGCCACGGGUGGCCCAGUCGUCUAAGGCGCCGCAAUUAGCAGUGCAGAGUUGCAUCCCUCGGACACGCCAGAAUCCUAUGAUUGUGGGUUCGAAUCCCGGUUCUCCCCGAUUGUUUCUAGGUUUGUCAGCACCAUACCCGUGCUUGUGGGUUUCACCAAAGUUCUAAACAUCUGAGACCUGCAUCACUUUGGGCUUUGCUCCCACAUGAAGCUAACACGCCGCAAUAUAACUGGAAUGCUGUUAAAAUCGGCAUUAAACCUAACUCACUCACUCACUUAAACAGGACCAUCAACAAUCUCGGGGACCUAAAGUAAGGCUUACGUUGAUCCUCAAGCCCUAUCUUAAGAAAAAUGAAUUUCUAAGGCUGGUACUUGACAAGAUUGAUUUUCAAAUGAACAUGGUGUUCUAGCUGGGUCACAUGUUGGUGCCAUGAAUAAAUACAAACAUUCGACUCUCUACAAGACCUCGGGUAACUUUGUAUAAGGUAAAUUGCAAUUGUCUAUUUUUACUUUGGCGUCUUUGUAACGCAGAGACAGAUUAUUUGUUUGUUAUUUCAGCCUUUGUCGUGUCUCUCCUAUGCUGAGAGAUUAAAAGCUUAUUUUAAUUGUUGAUUUUCUUCAUUUAAUCUUUCUUCUCACACAGAAUCUAUGCAUUAGUUUUGUUGAACAAACAGUACAUGAAAGUGAUCGGAACUGUUGAUAUGUGUACAUUUCUGGUGUUUGUGUUAAAAACAUGUAUGUAAAACUUGAUUGUAAAUAAAUAUCUUAAAUAACACCAACCACAAUAUCCUUUUUUGAAAAAGAGCCUUUAUUUUGUUAACAAAAUCAUCAUUUCAAUGUUAUUGCAUAGUACAUUCACAAAUACAAGCUUCAAAAUGCUCCUUUUUCUCAAGGAAAAAAGUUUUAUUUUUGUUUCAAUGUAAAGGAUAUAUAUAUAUAUAUAUAUAUAUGUAUGUUUAUAACAAAGCUUGCACAUAUAAAGCUUCAGAGGUGUGAUCAAAGUAACCAUGGCCUGGUAUUAUUAAAUAAUAUGUAAGAUGGUUGCAUAUAUACUCACUACCAAAAGAAACGCUACCACCAUACAUGUUAAUAUACGAAGAAUUACUCCUUUAUUAGAGAUAUUAGAUUGUUUUGCUGCUGAAUCGAACAUACUGAUAAGCAUAACACAGCACAUGUCCUGCCUUAGAUCCAUGGCUCGAGAUGCACCAUUUUGUCUCGUAUAGGAUAAGCGUGUAAAGUCUGGAAGUUACGUGCAGCAUAUCAUGAUAAGAAUAAAGACACUCUGGUAACACUUGA